AUGUAAUGCUUAAGAAAGCACUUAUUGUUUGAUAAAAGCUAUUUUAUCUAUAUUAACCAAGAUAGUAUAGAUAUCGGGGAAGUAAUAUAUUGGUUAAUAGUUAAGUCUUUUUAAAAAAUCAAGUAUGUGAUCCCAAUGAAUUUACAAACAAUAAUCGAUUGGAAAGUAAAUUAAGAAAAUCAAAAUUUGGAGGCAUUUGCUAUAUGUUGGAAAGGAAAAUGGAGAUACUUUUAUGCUGAUUAGAAUGUCUUAUUAAGAGUAAAAGAACAUAUGGAUAGAAAAGUAGUAUAUAAAAGUUUGGAUCCUUUCUUUACAAUUACGGAAAAAAUAGAAGCUAACUAAAAAAGUUCUGUAUAUAAAUAUAUUUAUUAAUAAGAUUCUAUUAGUCUAAAGAAAUGAAAAUGAAUAAAUUUUUGCUUGUAAAGAGAUGAAAAAACUGAAUCAAUAUUCCUAAUUAGUAUAAUGUAUUAUUAUUGUAGUUAUUUCAAAAUGAAGUUGAAGCAUUGAAAUAACUGUCCCAUAAAAAUUUAGUAAAGCUAAUCGAAGUUUAUGAAACUGAUGAUCAAUAUUAAAUAGUGAUGUAAUAUCUAAAAGGUGGCUCACUAAAUUAAUGUCUUAAAUAUUGUAAAUUGAAUAAUCGUGAAGUAGAUGUCAUAAUACAAGUAUAUUAUUCAUUUUUAAUAUCAUUAGUAAAUUAUGGAAGGAAUUAAUUAUAUGCACAAUAAUGGAUUUGUACAUAGAGACAUGAAACCAGAUAAUAUAGUAUUUAAUGAUUUGGGUUAAUUUUCACAAUUAAAAAUAAUUGAUUUUGGAAUUACCAAAAAGAUUGAAGAUUUAGAAAAAGAUAAAGAUAUGAAAUUUGGAACUCCUGGUUAUAUGGCACCAGAAAUUUUUGAUUAUAAAUAAUAAAUAACUGAGAAAGUAGAUAUCUUUGCUUGUGGAGCCAUACUUUACUAAAUGUAAAUAUCAUUUAUAAAUUUUAGGUUAACUGGGCAAAAAUUAAUUGCAGGUAAUAGUACAAAAUAAAUUAUGGAAAAUAACAAAAAUUUCAUUAUGAAUACAUAAAUACUUUCUAAAAUAAAGCAAUCUGAUUAUAAAAUACUUGUCUAAUAUAUGUUAGAAAAAGAUCCAUAAAAACGAAUUAGUGCAAAUCAAGUUAUAAAUUAUUUAAAUUUGAUGAAAAUUACUUCUAAUUCUGGAUCAUAAUCAAUUUAAAUGCUAACUCAUCAUGAACCUGUAUAAAAAUUACCUAAUUUCAAAAAAUUGAUUGAUAAAUAAUGA